AUGGGAGAUCAUUUAGUGUUGGUGGUUGAUCGGUUAUCAAGCGAUUCUGGCCAUGGGAUGGUAAACAGAGCAGAAUCUGUUAACAAAGAUGCUACAUCUGAAUCUGUAUCUGCAGGAACUGAUACUUGUGAGAGCAAACUCGUACAAUGUAGGAUUUGUCAUGACAAUGAUGAAGAUUCCAACAUGGAUACGCCUUGUUCUUGUUCAGGAACAUUAAAGUUUGCACAUCAUGAUUGUGUCCAGAGAUGGUGCAACGAAAAAGGUGAUACUGUAUGCGAAAUUUGUCGUCAGCAAUAUAAACCUGGUUACGUAGCUCCCCGACAACUGUUUCACUACACAGGCAUCUCUAUGAAUUUCAGUAGGGAUUGGGGAUUCGAGGGAUCAGAUAUUCGUAAUCCUUAUUUUCUAACCUGGGAUGCAGCGGAUGAUCACGAGCUUUAUUCAUUUCAUAGCCCCACAAGCUUGAUUUGUUGUCGCGUAAUUGCCUUGCUAUUCAUUUUUCUGCUGUUCUUACGCCAUUCUCUUCCAGUCUUUUUAGGUGGAAUCGAUGAUUUCUCAUUAACUUUGCUUAUGUCACCAUUAUUGAGAACAUUGGGAAUCUUGUUGGUUGCAUAUAUCUGUCUCAAGUCAUUCAUUGUUAUACAACGUUGCAGGCAAGAGAGGGUUUCGAGAUUCUCUGGUUUCUCUUCUGAUGAAGAGACUGCACCCCCUCAGAUAUUGAUGGCAUUGUCCGAAGGACCUGAACUUCAUGUUCCGUAA